AUGCGGGCCUCUGCCCGCCCGUCCCCGGGACGGGCGCCUGGCGGGCCGCUGCCCGCCAGUCCCGGGACGCCUGGCGGGCCUCUGCCCUCCGUCCCCGGGACGACUGGCGGGGCUGCUGCCCGCCCGUCCCCGGGACGCCUGGCGGGCAGCUGCCCGCCCGUCCCCGGGACGCCUGGCGGUCCUCUGCCCUCCCGUCCCCGGGACGUCUGGCGGGCCGCUGCCCACCCGUCCCCGGGACGCCUGCCCGUCCCGGGGACCCCUGGCUGGGCACUGCCAACCAAUCCCAAGACACCUGGCCCAGGGGCCUCAACCUGCCACUUCCUGGGACCCGUAGCGGGCGUUGCCCACCCGUCAAGGCCUGCCCACCCAUCCCAGGACGCCUGGCGGGCCUCUGCCCCGCCCGUCCCCGGGACGGGCGCCUGGCGGGCCUCUGACCCGCCCGUCCCAGGGACGCCUGGCGGGCCUCUGCCCGCCCCUCCCCGGACGAACCUGGCCUGGGCCUCUGCCCGCCCGUUCCCGGGACGCCUGGGUGGGCCUCUGCCCGCCACCGUCCCCGGGACGCAUGGCGGGCCACUGCCCGCCCGUCCCCGGGACGCCUGGCGGGCUCUGCCCGCCCAUCCCCGAGACGCCUGGCGGGGCUCUGCCCGGCCCGUUCCCGGGACGCCUGGCGGGCCAACUGCCCGCCCGACCCCGGGACGCCUGGCGGGCCGCUGCCCGCCCGUCCCCGGGACGCCUGGCGGGCCACUGCACGCAUGUCCCCGGGACGCCUGGGGGGCCGCGCCCGCCCGUCCCCGGGACGCCUCGGGGGCCGCUGCCGCCCGUCCCCGGGAGCCCUGGCGGGCCGCUGCCCGCCCGUCCUCGGGACGCCUAGCGGGCCCUUCUGCCCGCCCGUCCCCGGGAGCCUGCGGGCCGCUGCCCGCCAGUCCCGGGACGCCUGGCGGGCCUCUGCCCUCCCGUCCCCGGGAACGACUGGCGGGCUGCUGCCCGGCCCGUUCCCCGGGAGCCUGGCGGGCAGCUGCCCGCCCGUCCCCGGGACGCCUGGUCGGUCCUCUGCCCUCCCGUCCCCGGACGUUCUGGCGGGCCGUUUUCUGCCCACCCGUCCCCGGGACGCCUGGCGAGCCUCUGCCCGCCCGUCCCCGGGACGCCUGGCUGGCCACUGCCCGCCAGUCCCCGGACGCCUGGCGGGCGCCCCCGCCCCGUCCCCGGGACGCCUGGCGGGCGGAGGCCGCCUGUCCCCGGGACGCCCUGGCUGGGCUGCCCGCCCGGUCCCGGACGCCUGGCGGGCUGCUGCCCGCCCGUCCCCGGAACGCCUGGCUGGCGGAGGCCCACCCCCCGUCCCCGGGACGCCUGACGGGCGGAGGCCCGCCCGACCCCGGGACGCCUGGCGGGCGGAGGCCCGCCCGUCCCCGGGACGCCUGGCGGGCGGAGGCCCGCCCGUCCCCGGGACGCCUGGCGGGCGGAGGGCCCGCCCGACCCCGGGACGCCUGGCGGGCGGAGGCCCACCCAUCCCGGGACACCUGGCGGGCGGCGGGCGGGGGGGGCCGCCGUCCCCCCGGGACGCCUAGUGGGCCUCGCCCGCCUGUCCCGGGACGCCUGGCGGGCCUCACCCGCCCGUCCUGGGACGCUUGCGGGCCUCGCCCGCCCGUCCCGUGA